CGACAUGCCCCGCGGCGGUCGCCAACCGCCGGAUUUGAAUCACGGCACCGCUCGGCGGCGGUGCAAUGGGAGCCCCGUCUUUGCCCCCGGCCUGGCAGCUCUAUCUCAAAGACCACCGCGUCUCUACGUUCAAGAACUGGCCUUUCCUGGAGGGCUGCGCCUGCACACCGGAACGGAUGGCGGCGGCCGGCUUCAUCCACUGCCCCACUGAGAACGAGCCCGACUUGGCCCAAUGUUUCUUCUGCUUCAAGGAGCUGGAAGGCUGGGAGCCAGAUGACGACCCCGUAGAGGAACACAAAAAGCAUUCAUCUGGUUGUGCUUUCCUUUCUGUCAAGAAGCAGUUUGAAGAAUUAACCCUCGGGGAAUUUUUGAGACUGGACAAAGAAAGAGCCAAGAACAAAAUUGCAAAGGAAACCAACAAUAAGCAGAAAGAAUUUGAAGAUACUGCAAAGAAAGUACGCUGUGCCAUUGAGCAGCUGGCUGGCAUGGAGUGACGCCUUCCGC